AUGGGGGACCCGCCGGCCGACCCUGAGCUGCCUUUCCAGCAGUCCUCGAGGCCCAGAGGCUCCCGGGCCUCCGACCAAGGGCGCAGUCGGGAGCACUCUCUGUCCCAGGCCGCGGUCCCCCAGGAGGCACAGCAGCUGGCGCCUGACGCUCAGGUCCUGAGGGGCAGUCAGGAGAUGCCCGGGAUCCAAACCAACCUCCAGGGGUGGCCACAAGGGGCCGGCCUGAGCCAGUAUGACAACUCGAUGUCCCAGGGUGGCGUACAGUACCCGCCUGCAAACACAGGGUAUCCCACGGAUUACCAGCCCCAUCAUUAUCUGGAUGAAGGCAGGGUCCAGGCCACCCGCAAUGCCAACCUCAUGCUGGAUCAGCUACAGCGGGGCCGAGGCAGCCUCUUCCAGCAACUAGAGGCGGCCUACCAUGAGCCCCGGCCCGACUUCCUGGGCCAGGUCAGCAUGUACCAGAGAGAAGACCUGCAGUUCAGCGAUGGCACCCAGAAUGGGCUCUACCCGGGGGAUGACCCCACCCUCCAGUUCUCCUCCUCUGCGCUGGGCUUCAUGCCCUUCAAUGUGGAGGUGCCCGAACCGGAGCCGCGGGAGCUGGCCGUGCAAAACGCCAAGGCCUACCUGCUGCAGACCAGCGUCGGUGGCGACCUCAGCCUGUACGAGCACCUGGUGAACGUGCUGACCAGAAUCCUGAACCAGCGGCCGGACGACCCCUUGUCUAUCCUGGAGUCACUGAACCGCACGGCUCAGGAGGAGUGGUUCCACCCCAAGCUGGACUCGCUGCGGGACGACCCGGAGAUGCAGCCCACCUACGAGAUGGCAGAAAGGCAGAAGGCACUGUUCCUCCGGGGCGUCGGCGGCGAGGGAGAGCAGGAGGUGGAGGAGGAGGCGUUAGAGACGGCCGUGCCCAACAUCAUGGAGUCAGCCUUCUACUUCGAGCAGGCCGGUGUGGGCCUGAGCUCGGACGAGAGUUUCCGCAUCUUCCUGGCCCUGAAGCAGCUGGUGGAGCAGCAGCCCAUCCAUACCUGCCGCUUCUGGGGCAAAAUCCUGGGGCUAAGCCGCAGCUACCUGGUGGCCGAGGUGGAGUUCCGGGAGGGCGAGGAGGAGGUGGAGGAGGAGGAGGUGGAGGAGCUGAUCGAGGGCGAGGCCAUGGACAUGCACGGCGGCGAGGAGGAGGGCGAGGAGGAUGAGGAGAAGGUCUCCGACAUCACCCCCAAGCGGAUGUGGAAGCCCCCGCCCGUCAUCCCCAAGGAGGAGAGCCGCUCGGGCACCAACAAGUACCUGUAUUUCGUGUGCAACGAGCCGGGCCGGCCGUGGACGAGGCUGCCCCAUGUCACCCCCAGCCAGAUCGUGCAGGCCCGCAAGAUCAAGAAGUUCUUCACCGGCCAGCUGGAUGCGCCGGUUAUCAGCUUCCCUCCCUUCCCCGGCAACGAGGCCAACUACCUGCGGGCCCAGAUUGCGCGCAUCUCGGCUGCCACGCACAUCAGCCCCCUGGGCUUCUACCAGUUCGGCGAGGAGGAGGGAGACGAGGAGGAGGAGGGCGGCGCGGGGCGCGACUCGUACGAGGAGAACCCCGACUUCGAAGGCAUCCCAGUGCUUGAGCUGGUAGACUCCAUGGCCAACUGGGUGCACCAUAUGCAGCACAUCCUUCCUCAGGGCCGCUGCACUUGGGUGAACCCUUUGCACAAGAAGGAGGAGGAGGAGGAGCUGGGGGAGGAGGAAGAGAAGGCCGAUGAUGAGGGGCUGGAGGAGGUGGAGCAGGAGAUUGGGCCCCCGCUGCUGACACCGCUCUCAGAAGAUGCAGAAAUCAUGCACAUGUCACCCUGGACCGCCCGCCUGUCCUCCAGCCUCUGCCCACAGUACUCGGUGGCCAUCGUGCGCUCCAACCUCUGGCCGGGCGCCUACACCUACGCCACUGGCAAGAAGUUCGAGAACAUCUACAUCGGCUGGGGCCACAAGUACAAUCCGGAAAACUUCAACCCACCCCUGCCGGCCGCCAUUCAGCAAGAGUACCCCAGCGGCCCGGAGAUCAUGGAGAUGAGCGACCCCACGGUGGAGGAGGAGCAGGCCCUCAAGGCUGCCCAGGAGCAGGCCCUGGAGGGGGCAGAGGAAGAAGAGGAGGAUGAGGAAGAAGAUGAGGACGAGGACCAGGAUGACUAA